CGGCGCAGGACUACACUUCCCAGCGUGCACGGCGGGCCGCGGGGCUGUGUUGGGCAAUGGAUCGCGACGCGGCGGCAGGACAGGGGCGGCCGAGCACCCACCUGGCCGCGCUGGUGCUGGCGCGCGGCGGCAGUAAGGGCAUCCCGCUGAAGAACAUCAAGCUGCUGGCGGGCGUGCCGCUCGUGGGCUGGGUGCUGCGUGCUGCCGCCGACGCCGGCGUUUUCCACAGUAUAUGGGUUUCUACGGACCAUGAUGAAAUUGAGAAGGUUGCAAAGCAGUUUGGUGCUCAAGUUCAUCGAAGAAGCCGUGAAGUUUCUCAAGACUCCUCAACUUCUCUAGAAGCUAUCAGAGAGUUUCUUAAUCAUCAUCAUGAGGUUGAUAUUGUAGGAAAUAUUCAAGCAACAUCUCCCUGUUUACAUCCAAGUGAUCUUAUAAAAGUGGCGGAUAUGAUCCAGAAGGAGGGGUUUGAUUCCGUCUUCUCUGUUGUGAGGCGACAUCAAUUCAGAUGGAGUGAAGUAAAAAAAGGAGAAAACAAAAUGACAGAACCCCAGAACCUGAAUCCAGCAAAACGAUACCGAAGGCAAGAUUGGCCUGGGGAACUGUAUGAAAAUGGUUCGUUCUAUUUUGCCAGGAGACAGUUGAUCGAGAAGGGCUACUUGCAGGGUGGCAAAAUGGCCUACUAUGAAAUGCGUGCAGAGCACAGUGUGGAUAUUGAUAUAGACAUUGAUUGGCCUAUUGCAGAGCAGAGAGUAUUGAGCUUUGGAUAUUUUGGCAAAGAGCCAUUAAAAGAGGUGAAGCUAUUGGUUUGCAGUAUUGAUGGAUGCCUGACAAAUGGUCGCAUUUAUGUGACAGAAGAUCGGAAGGAAAUGGUCUGCUACGAUUAUAGAGACAUUGUUGGUAUCAACCUAUUAAAGAAAAGAGGAAUCCAGGUUCGACUCAUCUCUGACAGAAAUUGUUCAAAAACACUGUCAGCCAUGCAGCUGGGGUGUAUAGCAAAAGUUAGUGCAACAAAUAAAUUAGAAGUCCUAGAGGAAUGGCAAAAAGACAUGGGUUUAAGCUGGAAAGAAGUCUCUUACUUAGGAAAUGAAGAGUCUGAUGUAGAAUGCCUGAAGAAAGCUGGCAUGAGUGGUGUGCCUGCUGAUGCUUGUGUAGUCGCUCAGAAAGCUGCUGGUUAUAUUUGUAAAAGCAAUGGUGGCUGUGGAGCUGUCCGGGAGUUUGCAGAACACAUAUUCCUGUUGUUAGAAAAGGUGAACUCAUCAAGGAAGCAAAUGGAAGAAAUGAGUUCAGCAGGAGAGAAAAUGGGGAAAUGAGAACAGCAGGAGAGGAAAUAAGGAAUGAAUGAAAAAGGACUAACACAGUUGGUCAGUCCUGCCUUUCUUCUCUUCCUCUCUCAUUAAGUCUGUAUCCCAAAGGAUGGUUUAUCUUCAAGUUUUACAUUGCCAUGAGUUACAGAGAUGUUUCCCUCUAAUUUAAGGUCUCACUUCAACUAAGUGCUGAUAUGGGUGAUUGUAUGCUGAUAAUAAUUAUCAUAUUCAGGAUUAUUUUAAAAGCCAUUAAAGAAAUGCUACAAAAAGUAGUGUUCUGUAAAUCUAAUCUUAAUCUUUACACCUGUCCUACAGGAAUGAUGUGUCUUUAGAUCAUAAUCCAGACAUUUUUCAGGGAUGAAUGAUUUUACAUGACUUGAAGAUCUGUAAUUCAGACUUUAAAAAAAAAAAAAAAUCUGAUCGUUUUUCUCAUUUGGAUUACAUUUCCUUUAUCAAAUGUCAGCAUGGUAUUGUAGUUGUGUGCUAUCUUUUUUGCAGGAUUCAUCUCCAUAAGGAAGAAUUUUAACACGCUGGAGAGAUGAGGAGAAAAAUAAAUAUCAAACUUCUUCCUGUAUUUUUAAAAGAAAGCUCAGUUACUGUAAACCCAGUUAAUAUUAUUUAAGAAAAGCACUUAAGUGUGUGUUAAAUUUCAAGCUCAUAAAUAAUUAAAUGGCAUUUGGAAUUGUGCCUCUUUGAGUCUGUUUAUAUUGGGGUUUAUGCAAGUGCUUAAAUUAACAUACGUGAAUGCUUUGUCAAAUUUGGGGUUAAAUUUCACACUAACAUUGAGAUUGUUCCGUUGUAGAAACUCGGUUUCUAUCUGUGAAGGCCUUUAUUACAAGCACUGAGUUAAAAACACUCUUAACGUUUAACGUGUAUUGUAUGGAAAACUAAAUGCUGUUUAAAAACAAAAGACAAAAACCAGAAAACAACCAAAACAUAGUUGUUGAUUGUGGUUUUAUAAAAACUGUAUAUAUACAGACUUUUUAGCAUGUUAAUUUAAAGCUGGUGUAUAUGUAUGCUUGUAUUUAUGGAAAAUACGAUUUUUACUGUGUCUUG